AUGAGUACUUGCAAGCCAGUGGAUACUCCAGUAUUAAAAUGUGAUGCUUUAUGUAUAACAAUGUGUCCUAUCAAUCCACAAGAACAAAAAGAGAUGUCCAUUGUACCAUAUGCUAGUGUUAUAGGAAGUCUAAUGUAUGCUAUGAUGUGCACUCGCCCAGACAUAUGUUUUGCUGUUGGGCUAGUCAGCCGGUAUCAAUCCAAUCGUGGACGUGAGCAUUGGAAAGCGGUGAAAACGAUAUUCAGAUAUCUAAAAGGCACCAAGAAUUACUGUUUAUGUUAUCAAGGAUCUGAAAUGCGUCUCAUUGGAUACUCAGACGCUGAUUGGGGAGGAGAUCUUGAUCAACGUAAAUCAACUUCUGGUUUUGUUUUCUUACUUAAUAAAGGCGCCAUCUCUUGGUGUAGUAAGAAACAAACGAGCAUAGCUUUAUCAACUACGGAAGCUGAAUUCAUAGCAUGUUCUACAGCUGUGCAAGAAGCUGUUUGGUUAAGAAGAUUUUUUGGAAAUUUGGGUUUUAAAAAUGAGAAUGAAGGUGCUAUUACACUUCAUUGUGAUAAUCAAGCAGCAAUUGCUUACACCAAAGAUCCAAAAUUCCAUAGUAGAACCAAACACAUUGAUAGCAAGUAUAACUACGUUAGAGACAUAAUCGCCAAAAGAGAAUUAGUAGUACAAUAUAUUUCUAUGCAUCAAAUGGUAGCUGAUCCCCUUACUAAACCGAUCCCAAGAGAUGUAUUCCUUGCACAUGUUAAAUCUCUUGGAUUACGUAGAAUUUAG